CUGGGCUGCGGGGAGAGGCCCGGGGCGCCGGGCCGAGGGGCGGCUGCGCAGCGCGGCUGGUAGCAGCAUUCGAACCUUGGCUACAGAUAGGUCUGUCCAGCUCCAUUCUUCUCCUGCUGCUUGCGUGUUUCAUCAUCAGAUGAAAGUUCAGUCAGCGUGCUCUGUAUUGACUCCUGUGACUGGUGUUUGCUUUUGAACCUGUUUCAUUAUGCCAGCGAAUGAGUGCAGCAGACCUAGCCCCUGAGAUUUUACGGAUUGCUGUGUAUGGCACCAAAUCCAACCUCUGACAAUCUUCUCCUUUCCAGUAUUCAGGACUGCCUAUCCGACACACGAGCCAGCAUGAACGUGGGGACGGCUCACAGCGAGGUGAACCCCAACACCCGCGUCAUGAACAGCCGGGGCAUCUGGCUCUCCUACGUGCUGGGGAUUGGCCUGCUGCAUGUGGUCCUCCUCAGCAUCCCCUUCUUCAGUGUCCCUGUGGUUUGGACUCUCACCAACAUCAUCCACAACAUGAGCAUGUACAUCUUCCUGCACACCGUGAAAGGAACGCCCUUUGAGACUCCAGACCAGGGGAAAGCCCGGUUGCUCACGCACUGGGAGCAGAUGGACUAUGGGGUGCAGUUCACGGCAUCGCGCAAGUUCCUGACCAUCACGCCCAUCGUGUUGUAUUUCCUCACCAGUUUCUACACGAAAUAUGACCGGAUACACUUCAUAAUCAACACCAUCUCCCUGAUGAGCGUCUUAAUCCCCAAGCUGCCCCAGCUCCAUGGAGUCCGGAUCUUUGGGAUCAACAAGUAUUGAGCCCCCUGGAUGCAGUGAGCAGAAGUGGAAGGGGAAAUCUGGUCUUCUUAGUCCUCCCUCCCCCCCAAAGCAGGAUAUAAUUUCACAGCGGCUCUUUAAAUGCAGUAUCCAAUAGACAUGUAUGCCGCGUGCAGGAUCCUCAAGCCCAAUAAAUCUAAGCAAACUCUGGAGUAGUAGAAUCCUGAGUAGAGUUUAGCUUGGAGCCAGGAGACUGGGGGGGUUGACUUCUUGUGCUCCUGUAUCAUGAGUAGAUGCAGAUAGACCGAGAUGUCAAGGUACAAAUAGGUCAGUCUCCGGGGAGACUCCCAUCCAGAGGCCAAUACACUGAAUGGAGAGAGCUGGGGUGGGGAGAAAGCUUUAAGAGCUAGUAGUUAUUACUAUGGCAAAUGCACUUUAAAAUACAUUGGCCCUUUUUUGGUUAGAUGCGCUCACGAAGGGCUACGUGGGGAAAUUAAAGGGGGGCAUGGCCAGAUUUCCCAGGUGUGAAAAACUAGUUGGCCACUUUAAUUUUGGGAGGUGGAUUUUAUUCUUAAACCUCUCUCCUCCCGCUGGGGAGGGAAUCAUUUUUUCUAAAGAGAAAACAGGAAGGAGCGACCUGGCAUUUCUAGCAGCGCUUUCCCGUUUUCCACGGUACAGUUUGUAUGAUUCGGGGGGAAGGAAUUGGAUUCCAAGUCCAAGUUGUUUCUGUUAGUUUAAACUAUAACCAAUGUCUGUCUUUGUUUAAAGCAGAAGUGGUUAUAUUUUCAAGAGUGUGUGAUGGGGCGGGGGGGGGAAUGUUCUCCCCCAUCACGUGCAGCCCCGCAGUGUUACCCUUAAUCCUACUGCCACCUAGGGCUAAGAGGUGUGAUGGUGCUGCUUGUUAGUUGUGUGAUUAAAAAUGUUAACUCUGCCCAUCAGAGUGAUCUGAGUCACCUGACGUGGAGCUCGGGGAGGGGGAAAGGCUGAUGACUGACAGGCUUGCUCUAGGUGAAGGAUGGAUUGUCGUCAGGCACGGUAAUGGGGGGCGGGUACAGGCAGAGAGGUGACUGUGAUCGGUUUAAAUGGGUCUCGGUCUUCCGCCCCCUUUGCCCAGGACUCCAGUGUCUAGAUCUAGAUCACUGGCAUUUGCCAAAUACCAGUGGUGGGCACAUCUCCGCAUGUGACAGCCCAUGCAGAGAACCGCUCUCGGACUUCCGGCUGGGCUGAUGACCUGUCAGCAGCAGACUAUGGGCCACAAGCCAGGUUAAAGGAGCCGUAGAACAGGAAUAUUGUAAUGGGGCCACGUUGCUAAGUGAAGGCAGGAGCAGACGGCAAAUGUGGCAGGCCAGCGAGAGGGCAAUGGAUCUGACCAGUCGUUGAAGCAUUUAACUGAUCAGUGGCAUGGAAAAUCCGAGACGUGCCGUCUGUCGCAUCCCCAGACAAUGGCUGCAGAGGGCUACCCACCUGUCCGGGUCUGGACAGUGAAGGUGUUGGGCGCAGCAGGAAGACGACCAACUCUUGCUUCGCUGCUGCCUUCAUUGUCCAGAUUUGUUGUACUUGUUUAAAUCCAAAGCCCUGCCGUUCUGCCCCGAACUGGUGGCUAGAUCCAGAGGUGGGGUACGGCACCUGUCAGUUAGUGGGUGGAACUUGCAGCCCAAGAGAGUGAGGGGCAAUGGGGCUGUGCAGGGGGAAGUUAAACCACAAGGGGAGCUGACUAACCAACCUUCUGUUUCUAACUGGUUUGAUUUUGUUUAUGCAUCAGGAACUUAUUUCAGGCUGCUCAGUGGAGCGAUCCCGGUUUCUGCUCCCUGCAUUGGUGUGCGGGAGGGAACCCUACCUAGUAAAGCAUGUGUGUGUUUCUACUAAGUGGCUGUUAACAGACGAGCUAGUUAUCCACAGAGUCAGGAGCUGGUUUGGAGGACAAGGUGGGAUUUUUAAUUUAAUUAUAGUCUGCAGUAGAAAUGCAAUAAUCCCAGCGUGGAAAGAGAUUGUUGAAUAAAGUUUUGAUAAUCACUGAUUGGGGUAAAUGAGAGGCUUGUAAUUAGUAGAUGGGGGGGCAUUUCCAAUGUAACAGGGAGGUUUGGAUAACCAAGAAUGAAGCAUAGUUGCAACACUGAAUCUUGCCGCCCUCCUCCCCCCCGCCAAAAAAAUUUGCCAGCUAGAGCAAAGGGUUAGCAACAGAAUUGGCCCCUAGUGGCUGGGGUAGCUGUCCACUCUCUGUAACCGUAGGAUUUUCUAGAGGGUCAGUAUGGUGGUUGAAAUAUGCCUUUGUUUAUAUUUUUCAUGAUACCCUUGCACAUUCAUGAAGGUGAUUUUUUUGUUGUUGGUGGUGUUUUGAUUGUCUGGAGUUUUCUGACAGUGUAAACAUUUUAAAGAAGACAUUUUAGUUCCUGCAUUAGGCAGAUGUAGCUCUGGAACUCAGCAGGUAGUACAGUGGAUACUAUUGAUGAAGUUUAGACCUGAUCUAAUGGUCCAAGCACAGGACUGGGAGACAGGAAUUCCCAAAUUUGAAUCUCAGCCCUUGUACUGACUCCUCACCUGCCUUUGGGUGAACUGCUUAACCUCUCUGCCCCAGGUUCAUCAUUUGUACCCCACAGAGAAAUAAUCAACCUACCUCACAGGGCUGUUGUGAGGCUUAUUUAGCCAUUGUCUCUUAAGUGCUUCAAAGACGGAAAUGCUCCUGUAAGUAUUAGUGAAAAGGAAGAUGGUGAGAAGAAUUAGCUGAUGGCGGAGAAGGAGAGAACCUGCUUUGGGUUCUUGAAAAAUGGAGACUGUCAUAUGCAGAAGGUUAAUUUAUUUAAUACAAAGCUCUUCCUUUCCCCACCACCCCCCAUCUCUGACAUGGUUGGGAGUGGAUGGUUGCUUUGGUUAAUGUACUGUAUACCCCGGGGCUAGUGCACUUUUCAAGCUACUAGCUGGUGACUUCUGGGAAAAAAAUAGUUUUAGGCAAGUGCUAUUUUCUGGUGAGAAUGUCUGAGCAGAUUCAGAAAUGAACAUUGUAGAUACAUGCCUCAGAUGGCAACGGUGAGACGGCAGGCUUCUGCUCUGCAGAGACUGUACCUUCGCCCAGAUUGCUGGGGUGAUGUGCCUAGUCUAAGGUGCACGCUGCUGGACAAAUGCAGAGGUCUGGCAGGUCACAGAAUUACAAUGUUGAUGCUGAACCUUCUCCAGUGAAAGAGAUGGAACACGCAGCGUGAUGUUAAUCUAGCUUUGGGGACAAAUAGAAACCUACCUAGAGACAAAAUAGUUACUUUAAAGGUGGGAAUCUUGACCCAGAGAAGUGGGGCAGGAAUCACUUUAUCCUUGUGUUUUUGCAAAAAACCCACCAUAAAUAAAAAGACUUUUUUUUUUCUUUAUUUGCUUAAAACCAUUGUUCCUGGAUACAUGUAGGUUCUGCCUUCUCUCCCUCCCUCUCUCUCGUGCAUGUAAACUAUGCAAAGCUGGAGUGAUUUUGUAGCAGAAAUGUAAGCAGACGCUAGGCACCAGGCCCUUGGCCGCUGUGGAGUGGUGAAGCUUGGCAGACCUACAUCAGCUGGGGUCUGGACCUGCACUAUUUGCGGGUUCAGUGACACUGGUCAUGUGUAAUCAGUUCUGUUAAAUUAAUGAUGAAAUGUAAAGCUACUGAAAAUCGUGAUCUCUUCAGGGGGGCAGUUUAAAACCCGGAGUGAGCGUUUUCCUCAACGGGUUUACAAAGAUGUGACAUUCAUGGGCAAGUCUAAUGAUUUUUCUUUUAUGAGCAUUUCAGUGAAAACCGUUUCCGUGAAGCACUUCAUCAUGUGCUUAAGACACACAGAAGUCAAUGGAAUUUAAGCACACGCUUAAGUGUUGUGCUGAAUCAGGGCCUUACUUGGCUCAAGUGAGAGGGGAAUCAGGCCCUAGGACUUAACCGAAAUCCCUUUUAAACUGUUAACUUUUAAAAAGAGCGAUGCAUAAUUAUGUGUCAGAGAUCUGUUCCCCCUCCGUGUGCAGGGGGAGCUUCCAUUAAAAUGUCACUCAGAAGGGGGAGUCUGAGUGUGCAGUGAUGGGGAACAGCCCCCUUCACGAGGCACUCGUAGGUGAUCUGGGAGACAAAGCCAUGAAAUGCUAGUCCAAACAUUACCGAACAAACCACACUGUAGAUUUCCUGAAACUUUGCAUUGAAACCACUUUUAUAAAACAGGGGCGGGUGUGAAAUGGGCCAGACAUGGCAGCUCUGAAUCAGAAGACAAAUGGUGAAGGGCCACUCAGGCCACGGAGAGUUGGAGAAAAUGGCACACGCACCAAGGAAGCUCCUCGGGGAUAAAAACCAGCUUUGGGGAGAAGAGGGAUUGCGUGCACCCCAGGGUGGGGAAGUUUGCAGGAAUUUAGAGAGUCUUGAGCAUUUAAAUAUGGCUGCAGCCAAGUGUGGUGGUCCCAGAGUGGAAUUCAACCCUUGUGUAAAGCACCUAAGUGAGUUAGACCCUUGACUUUCAAUGGGAUUUAUGUGCCUAAAUCACUUAGGCCCUUGGGAAAAUCUUCCCCCAGGCCUUGUGCUGGCUCCCUGCAUAGCGGUAGGUGUGAAUUUCAGUACAGCCAAUGCUUUUCAAUGUAGUUUUGUCUGUUGUGGAUACAGAGAAGCAAUAAAGAAACGAGGGGUUUUAAAAUCUAUAAUAAUAGACCAGUUCACAGACAUUGGCCUGACACAAGUCUUUUGUGUUGCCUGCUCUUGUUGCUGGGAAGCCUUUUUCAUCCGCCACUGAGAGAACUCUACGCUUGUCCAUAUAGCACAGAAAGGGCAUCUUCCCGCUUGGAGAAGAUACGGAACAACAGCUUGGCGUUGCUGAGUGAAGGCCCCAGUCUCGCAAUUGGAUUCCAGCAGCUGGAUCUUUAACCUGACACUAUACAGCCCUUCCACGUGGUCCAAGUGCAAGAUUGGAGCCUUCUCUCCCCUCCCCACCCCACCCCCCGAGAUCUAAGGCUGUUUAGUCAAUGAGGAUUUAUUUAAAGCAGCAGCUGCAGUUUAAAAAUAAUUUAAAUAUUAAAAGAACGGUACUGGUCCUCAAAGAGGGGACAACAGCUGGGUCACUGUUGGCAGUCGCACCCAGUCAGAAUCUCCUAUUGCAUAUUAUGAUUUUCUUUAAUAGCAGUGAGAUAGAUUGCUUGAUUUACCAUCGUGCAUAAAAUAGGUAUAUAUUUUUAAGUGUGUGCACAUAAUACACUCUUUGGAUCAAUUUCAGCGAGCUAAAUCUGUUUUGUAUGGAACCUUCUUGCAUUGUACAUAAAAGUUUCGUUGUUUUUUCCAGUUCCCUCUCAUUUUGGGGUAUACAAAAAAGUUUCAUCUAGAGGAACUUUCUAAGACAAAGUGUGAAUAUUAUUUUUAUUACUCCUUUGUACAGUAUUCUAAGAGAAACUAAUAAAGGUCAGUAUUCAUGUAA